GCAUUGUUCAGUAACGAAAAUCCUCCCUAUAUUCGCAACUCAUCACUGCUUUAGUUAGUAUUACGCUGCAGGAAAUACCCAGACAAACAGAGUUUCAUUCAAAUAAGAGCGCUAAAAAACCUGUUUUUCAAGUUGCACCGGAAGGACGUAGCAGAGCUGCAUAGAACAGAAGAGAGCUGGCGAGUUUAACACUAACCUCUGACUUAAUUGAACAAAUGGUAAGUGGGGCCUUUUGUGCGUGUCUCUGCUUUCAACCGUGCUAUACCUGUUUUUUGCAGUCCUACAUAGUAAAGUCUUGUAGCCUUGAGGUUUGCUAUUGGGUUUACUUCUUCUAACAGCAGCAACACUCCAUAAAGUCUGUAUAUGCAGUCCUCCUAGUCCAGUUCACCAGGAGCAGAAGCGUCCAUAAAUUGCAUCAGAAGUUAGCACGCUUCAAAUACCACUCUCAGCAUGGCAGAUGAAGAUGAAAUAGACAUUCUAGGCGACGACUUCAACUUGCCAUUUGAUAUGAACUCCGACCUGCUCGACAAAUCAGGGCUGAUGUCCCAAAAUUCCGAUUUGUUGAAAUGCGACUAUACCGUGCACCCACAGUGGUUGCUGGACCAGCCCAGCGCCAAUCCAGACAACUGGUACAAAGAGACACCAGGAGCCCCAACUCCUGAAGUCUCCGACUCAGAAGACAUGUCUCAGGUGUACAUUUCAACCGAGAAUUGCAUCACUGACGAGAGCGGGUGGACUGAUAAGGAGAAAACCCUGCUGCAGAAAGGCAUGGAGAUAUUCGGAAGGAGUUGCGUGAGGUUGGCGCAAGUAAUCGGGUCCAGGACUGCGGCAGAGGUCAGAUAUUAUUUCAAAAACUUCUAUUCGUGCAGUGCGACUCCUUUUCAUGCGGCUGGGCACUCUCAUUCCGAGCUGUCGGUACUUGAAAGCCUCAAUUUUGAUAUUUUAAACAGCGACCAGAUUCCUGCCAGUAUUGAGGAGGUAAUUGCGGUCAUUAACGCUGGCGCGCCAACAGUUGCCUUGCAGAAACCCAAAGCUUCUCGGCGAGAAAGUUCCAGUAGUUCUAGCUCAGCAACACAUGAUCUCACCGGGAAAUCCACCGUAUUAGCAGCGCAACCCUCUACUAGUACGCUAAUUAACUCCCAGAUAUUCCCCAAAAGCAGUCGCCCACCGCGAAUGCGAAGGCGAAAACGUGUAAAACUGAAGAAUAAAGGGAAAACUGAGAUCAGUCAAGCAGCAAAAGUGAUGCUGUCCAGAGAAAUUGUCACUGGGCAGGGCCGAUCCGUGCCGAGUUACGAGGGCGAAGAAAUUGUUAACAUUAGGAACGCCAGCGAUGAUUCCAGCGAUGUGAGCAUUGAUAUAGAAGAUGUGGAAAGUUCAAGGAGCAGUCAGCAGCCAGACCGGGACUGGACUGCGUUCACACAGUCUGUGAACGCAAAUCUGGAAGAUAUCAAGGGCAAACCCAGCCUUGAGGUAGCUGCGCAGUUGGAAUCGCUAGAGAAACCUAGAGAGGAGUUUGUAUUGGACAAAGACAUAGUUAGUGAUCUGGAAAAGUAUGUCCAUUCCGACUAUUUCGAGGGCAGACCAGCGAAAACGCCGGAGAGAUAUUUAAAGAUCAGGAACUAUAUAGUCAACAGCUGGAAAUUCUCAAAACCCAAUUACGUAUACAAAACGUCGAUGCGACUUGGAUUAAAAAACUGCGGCGAUGUUACAUGCAUUAGUCGAAUUCACAAUUUUCUGGAGCAGAUUGGAGCGAUUAAUUUUGGAUGUGAGCAGACGAAAUAUGAGCGCCCUUUAAGUAGAAGCCUGCAACUUUCCGAAUCCACGAAAACCAAAGUCAGACAACCUAAACCAUUCACCAGCAGAGAACCAACUGUAUUGGGGCCUCGGCAAAGAGUGCGAAAAACGUUUAAUAAAGAUGGCGAUGGGGGAUGCACAAUGACCCACGAUGAUCAUGGCAAAGUGAUUAACACCACAAUUAUAAAGGAAGAACCUGCUAAACGUCGAACCUACCAGAAGAGACCCAUCAUUAAAUUGAUCUAUUGUAAACCCUUUCCACACUGCACACUGGAGAAAAGUGUGAAAAUCAGCUUAUCCUCUUUGCUUUUGAUGGAUUUUCACUCGCACUCGUGUAUCACAGAAGUGAUGGGCUUGGUAGGCGGCGCUUGGGACGCUUGCACAGACGACCUGCAUAUUUCCUGCUAUGAACCCUGCAAUAGUGCCGCGUCUUCGUCCACGCAUUGCGACAUGUGUCCGAUUUCACAGGCCAAAGCCGCUGAGAAUAUCCAUGCCAGAAAUGCUCAAAUACUGGGCUGGUUCCAUUCUCAUCCGACGUUCGCGCCCGAACCAUCGCAGCAAGAUAUAGACACGCAGCAGUUGGUGCAGCAAUGGAUUGGACUUGGCAAACCAUGCGUGGGCGUAAUUUUGUCACCUUUUAGCAUGAGUGCUGCUUUGAUAGCUUCGCCAUUUAGAUGUUGGGUUGUGGGCAAUAAGCUGAACUGCAUCGAUGACUUGGUUCCAUACAGGUAUAGCGUGGAAGUUGUAUCCGAUGGUUUUGUUUUGUCCGACUUUUUAAACUGCAUGCGCUCAAUCGUGAUUAGGAACAUGAAAAGUGUACCUAAAGACGAGAGGAUUCCUUUCCUUAAACCGUAUUUUCGAGAUUCCGCUAUUAACCAUCUGGACAAGUUUAUUUCCAGCGUUAAUAUGCACUUAGCUAAAUGCGGCGGAAUGUCUAAAUCAAAAUGUGACGCCAUUCUCGAAGGCAUUAAAGAUGUGAUUAUAAAAGGAAGUUGAUUUAGUACGUGUAACCAGAUGUAUCGAUGCUAAGA